CCCGCCGUCCCCGCAGCUCGAGGCACGGCCGCCCCUCGCGCCGCCCCUCCGAGGACACAUCGCAGCGGCCUCUCAGACCCACCAGGGCCCCCCAGGGACCCCCGGGCAGCCCCCGCUCCGCUCCUCAGCCUCGGCAGCCGGUCCUUCCCGCUCUGCAGGCAGCUGCCUGCAAACAACCUGCUUUUUUUCUGGGUAAAGGUUUCCUCUGGGUUUGUUUUUCCCCCUCCCUCGGCCGGAGAUAAAUUUGGCUCUGCCGGAGGCUCUGCUCCUCCUUGUUUGUGCUGGCUGGGGAGGGGUCUCUCCCUCCCCUCCUUCCCUCCCUCCCGGCCGUGUCCUUCGGGUGCCGACGCUUCCCCGGAGCAGCUGGACCAGGCACUGCCUCUCUCAGCUCCAGACCGGGAGGUAACGGGGCAAAUUCGGGUUGUCCCUCGUGCAGCUCUGCCCUUGGCACAAGACCUCGCCUGGGACGGGCGCAGAGGGCACAGGGCGGGGCACAGCCCUGCUUCCCAAUCCGCACUCCGUCCUUGCAGCGUGGAGGGUUGAUCAAUAAUUCCAAGGAAUUUUCUCCUCCUUUGCGCCCGGAGCGCUGGUCAAUAAUUCCGAGGAAUUUUCUCACCGUGUCCCGGCCCGGCCGCACGUGCCGUGUCCCCAUCCUCUGGUUUGGGAAUCUCCGCCUUGCUGUGGCCAUGCCAGCCCCGACGGGCAGCCCCGAGCUCCGGGCUCCAGAGCGUCUCACCUUCAGCCUCUGGGACUACGGAGUCUUCGGGCUGAUGCUGCUCAUCUCCACGGGCAUCGGGCUCUUCCACGGCCUCGCCAGGGGCGGCCAGAAAACCUCGGAGGAUUUUUUCACGGGGGGCCGGCGCAUGUCGGCGCUGCCCGUGGGGCUCUCGCUCUCCGCCAGCUUCAUGUCGGCCAUCCAGGUGCUGGGAGUGCCGGCGGAGGCGUUCCGGUACGGCGCCAAAUUCCUCUGGAUGUGCAUGGCCCAGCUCAUCAACACCCUGCUCACCGCCCAGCUCUUCCUGCCCGUCUUCUACCGCCUGGGGCUCACCAGCACCUACGAGUACCUGGAGCGGCGGUUCAGCAGGAGCGUCCGGCUGUGCGGGACCCUGCAGUACGUGGUGGCCACGAUGCUCUACACUGGGAUUGUCAUCUACGCCCCGGCCCUGAUCCUCAACCAAGUGACCGGGCUGGACAUCUGGGCGUCCCUGCUCUCCACUGGGGUCAUCUGCACCUUCUACACCACCAUCGGAGGGAUGAAGGCUGUCAUCUGGACCGACGUCUUCCAGGUCUUCGUCAUGCUCUCGGGCUUCAUCGCCAUCGUCAUCCGGGGGGCUCUGCUGGUGGGGGGUCCUGCCAAGGUGCUGGCUAUUGCUGCCAACGGCUCCAGGGUGAACUUCGGAGACUUCAACCCGGACCCGCGGAGCCGCUACACGGUGUGGACCUUCCUGCUGGGCGGGACCCUGGUCUGGCUCUCCAUGUACGGCGUCAACCAGGCCCAGGUGCAGCGCUACGUGGCCUGCAGGACCGAGAGGGAGGCCAAGAUGGCGCUGCUGGUGAAUCAAGUGGGGCUGUUCUUCAUCGUCGUCAGCGCGGUCGCCUGUGGCCUCGUCAUGUUUGCCCUCUACAAGGACUGUGACCCCCUCCUGGCUGGCACCAUUGCUGCCCCCGACCAGUACAUGCCCUACCUGGUCCUGGACAUCUUCGAGACCACCCCGGGGGUGCCGGGGCUGUUCCUGGCCUGCGCCUACAGCGGGACCCUCAGCACGGCCUCCACCUCCAUCAACGCCAUGGCCGCCGUCACUGUGGAGGACUUCGUGAAGCCGCGGCUGCCCUCGCUGUCCCCCAGGAAGCUCACGCUCAUCUCCAAGGGGCUCUCUCUCACCUACGGCACCUCGUGCAUCACGGUGGCAGCUCUGUCCUCGCUGCUGGGGGGGGGCGUCCUGCAGGGCUCCUUCACGGUGAUGGGGGUGAUCAGUGGCCCGCUGGGGGCUUUUGUCCUGGGAAUGUUCCUGCCCUUCUGCAGCACGGCCGGUGUCCUGGGGGGCCUGGCCGCUGGCUUCGCCCUGUCCCUCUGGGUGGCCGUGGGGGCCACCCUGUACCCCCCCAGCGCAGCCACCAUGGGGGUCCUGCCCAGCUCCGGGGCCCUCUGCCCCCCCUCCAACGGCACCGGCGCCAACAGCACCGCCCUGCCCACACCCCUUGGCCCCCCCGGGGACCCCCAGGAGCCCACACGACCGGCCAUCCUGGGGGACUUCUACUCCAUGUCCUACCUGUACUACGGGGCGCUGGGGACCCUCAGCACGGUGGGGGUGGGGGUCCUGCUCAGCUCCCUACCAGGGCCCACCCGGCAGAGGCAGCGGCCCCCGGGGGUGCUGUGGUGGGACAUCGUGAGGAACACGCCCUCGGGGGUCCCCCCGAGGGACAGGACCCCCAGGGACGAGACCUUGGACAAGGCUGGAGCUUCCCAGGCGCUGCCAGAGAGGCUGGAGGGGGAGGGGAGUCCCUCCUGGGAUCCCCCCGAGCCCGGAACCACCACGGAGCUGCUGCUGCGGGAGACCCACGUGUAG